GACAGCCCCGACUCCGGGCUGCCCCCCAGCCCCAGCCCCAGCCCGCCCUUCUACUCCCUGGCGCCUGGCAUCCUCGACGCCCGCGCGGGGGGCGCCGGAGCCUCCUCGGAGCCCCCCGGACCCGGCGAGGCCAGAGCGACAGGAACCUUUCUUUCCCGGGAUGGUGAGGGAUGUUGCGGUGGAGCUGAAACGAUACCUGGGCCAGGCUGGAAGCCCACUUAGGAGCCUCACGAGUUUGUCUCCCGCCAGACUUAGGGGGACCUGCAGGUGGCCUGGUGGCUGAGCUGAGACUGGGUGGCCCCGCAGGCAGGAGCGAGAGCUGGGGGGAAUCCUGUUCCUUAUGGACUGGAGGGAAUGACAAGUUGAAAUCUGGAGUUUGCUAACAACCCCGGUGGCAUUUAUUUGCCCACUCUGCACGUUGAAUCUCUUCUCUGCCUGGUGUACGUGUCUGCACCGCGAUGCCACCUGGUACCUCACAGGGCAGUAAAUGCCUCCCCCAGCUGAAAAUCGGAAAGGAACGGUCCCUUUGCCUCGAGAUAAUGACAAGAAUUUCAUUGGUGCCUCCCUUGCUCCUGGGUCCAGUGGGUCCCAAACUUGACUCGGCGUUAAGAGUAUCUGAGAUCUUCACAAAAUACCCAUGCCUGCCUCAUACCCCCAGAACUUCUCAUUUCAUUGGUACAGGCUGUGAUCUGGACCUCAGGAUUUUUAAAACUUCCCCAUGUAUUUCUAAUGUGCAGCCCCCGCCCCUCCCCGCGAACGCCCCCGCGCUGGACAUGAGGCCCCGGAUGCUGCCAGUAUUCUUCGGGGAGGGCAUCGCGGUAAAUCCGGAACCCGCACACGAGAUCCGCUGCAACUCGGAGGUCAAGUACGCCUCGGAGAAGCACUUCCGUGACAACGUCUUCUACGCGCCCGUGCCCACGGUCACGGCCUACAGCGAGACGAUCGUGGCGGCGCCCAACUGCACGUGGCGUAACUACCGGAGCCAGCUGACCCUGGAGCCGCGCCCGCGCGCCCUGCACUUCCGCAGCACCACCAUCAUCUUCCCCAAGCGCGCCCGCAGCACCUUCCGCACCACGCUGCAGUGCAGCCUGGGCCGGCCCAGCCGCUGGUUCACCUCCAGCGUGCAGCUCCAGCUGUGCCAGCCCACGGUGCUCUGACGGGGCGGCCGCUCCCAAGUGACCCGGAGGGGGCCCUGGAUGCUCCAAAGGACCAUGGACUCCAGGGAUGGGCCUGGAGCCGGGGCAGGAGGGGGGUGGGGACCCGCGGGCCUGGCCUGCAGCCGGAUGGGUCCAGCAUGGCAGAGUUGGUAAAUGUAUCGAUUUUAUUAGGCUGUAAAGAGGCAAAGCAGCCUGGCCGUGGCUCUCUGGAGAGCAGAGGGCAGGGGCCAUGCAGCUAGGUGGCAGCCGCCCCAAGGGGCAGCGAGAGAACGAACCUUGGCUGGGGGCCUCCUGCAGCUCCUGACACCCUACCACCCCAUCUGUCCAGGGCUGGUGGCCUGGCUCCCAGGCUGUGUGAGCAGAGGGGUGCCAUCCAGACACCCACUGCUCCCAGAAAGGGGUAUUUGCAAAGUGGGCCUUUCAAGUGUGUGCAGCUUGGGACCGAGAGGCCCAGGCCAAGGGCCAUGACUGGGCACCCCCUGGUGAACGUUGGGCCUGGAGGUGGGAUGGACAAAGGCUAGAUGCUGCUGUUGGUUAUAUGGUGGUGGGGGUGGGGGUGUGCAACCUGGAAAAGACCUUGCCUUAGCUGUCCCAGCAUCCUCUGCCCCAGUGGGGAAGAUUUAGGGCACAGCCCACCUAAACUGAGGCCUCCGAGCUCUGCGUUGGAGCCUCAGUGGCAGGGUGUCCCUCUUGUCCACCCCCUCUGUCCACCCAAGCCUGCAGGACUCUCCGACGUCAGAGCCUUCAUGCCAGGUGUCAUGGGGAGGUGUUCAAACUCUCUGGAAAUGUCCCCUGUCUGAGGCCUGGGCUCAGCUGUCAGCUUACAGAGAUACCGUGGGGGGCCGGGCCACCUGUAGCGUGAAAAAGAUGAUUCUACGGUGACAGUGCUGCAGGGUUUACCUCGCACGUGUGAUGUCACGAGAGGAAGACCAGCCAGGACACGCUGCGGUUGGGGGGAUCCAGCCUGCUGCUGCCUGGGACAAAUGCCCCAGAAGCCCCAGAGGUGUCUGCGGGAAUGCCCCCAGACCUGAAUGGACCUAGUGGGUAGGGGGCUUGCCCCCCCCCAGACAGGGCAAGGGUUGAGGCUUUAGUGCCCUCACGCAGGUGAGGAGGGGGACUCAGAGCUCACAUCCCAGAGAGGCAAAAUGACUGAUAUAUUUUUAUAUAUCUACACAUACGGUGCGUGUUCUCUCCAGAGAUGCUUUUUGAUCAACAGAGAAAUAACUUAAGAAUUGAUUAUCUUAAUAAAAUGUCCAAACCCAAA